ACAAAGAUUGAAGACAGAGUAAAGAGUUGGAAGAAGAAGAAGAAGAAGAAGAAAAGAUGAACUUGAGAUGGAUGGAAGCGGUGUUGCCGCUGGGAAUCAUAGCUGGAAUGCUCUGCGUCAUGGGAAACGCUCAGUAUUACAUUCACAGAGCUGCACAUGGCAGACCUAAGCACAUCGGAAACGAUAUGUGGGAUGUGGCGAUGGAGCGAAGGGACAAGAAGCUUAUCGAGCAAGCCUCUCCCUCCAAUUAACAUCGUUGUUUUGCCGAUGUCAUUGUGAAGAAAAUAAACUGCUCACCUGGAUUUACGGCUGUGUUCUUGGGAAGCAGGGUUAAUCACAAGAAUCAAAUUCCGUCUGUUUUCUUGUAUGCAAUUCAACAUAAGAUUUAUAAAUAUACCUAUGCUCCAAUCACAAUUACUUUUGCUAAGCUUGGCUUGUUGAAAACUAAGCAGUUCUGAGGUAUUUGUUGCCUUCUAUAAUGUGACCAUUUUGUGCUUGACUAGUGACAACAAAUCUUGCUAGUUGACGUCAAUGUUUGGUGAAAAAUUAUGUAAAGUAGCAUAAGCCGCCACAACAUUUGAAGAGAAAGCUGAAAACAAAUAAAGGCUAUCAUGGCAACUAGUAUUUGGUAUUUCGUAUAAAAUGAAUGCCAAGAUGUUAGAGUUUAUCAUUUUGGAUGCUCUUAACACUA